UUUGCUCAGAUCUAAACUUGUUCAAAGUGUCACUCAAAAUACUUGUUCGCAACAAAUCCAGCUCAAGGAUUCCACGUAUUGUAUCUCAGUCUCUGCUAACGUGCAAUAUCGUCGACUUGUGCGAAGAGUGGUUUCAAUCAUCUUCUCGGUGGCACUCUACUUUCGAGCGAGCUCCUCCCUGCGUGUGCUGUGAUGGAGGAUAUUCACGACUACUAUUCCGAUCUCGUUGAUAGUCACCUUCAUGCCCCGUGGUUGGACUUAUCGCAGGACAGUCGUCGAGAAUCAAGCUUGCUCGCUUUUUCUUCAGCAAAAAGCCGUAACCAACCGACCAUGAUGGAAAUCACUCGAGAAACGAUGUCAUACAGCACAACCCAGCCGGGAGGCCGCGCACCACUGGGUGGUCGCCAGGCAGGAAACGUCGUUUCACAAGACCGUAUGUUGAAGAUCGUCACCGAGAUGAGAUCCGGUGCAGGGUCUGGGUUAUCUCCAUUCGGGCAGAAUGCUGCAAGUACGAUUCGGGACUCUCGCGAACGUGAGAAGAAAGAAAUGAGCGAUUUGAACGAUCGCUUGGCUAGCUAUAUCGAGAAGGUCCGCUUUUUGGAGGCACAAAAUCGCAAGCUAGCCGCUGAUCUUGAUGCCCUUCGAAGUAAAUGGGGAAAGGACACACACAAUAUUCGUAACAUGUAUGAAGGCGAACUCUCGGAUGCUCAAAAGCUCAUCGAUGAAACAAAUCGACAACGUAAAGAUAUGGAAGUGCAGAUUAAGAAGAUGCAAGACGAGCUAGCCGAACUACGCCGCAAAUAUGAGGACGCCGUUCGAGGACGAGAAUCCGAUCGUGCCAAAAUUGAUGAUCUGCUUGUGCAUCUUUCAAAUCUGGAGGCUGAGAUCAACUUGCUCAAACGUCGCAUCGCUCAACUUGAAGACGAGGUCAAACGCAUUAAACAGGAGAACCAGCGCCUUCUUUCGGAACUUCAACGUGCACGCACGGACCUUGAUCAGGAAACCCUGAACCGCAUUGACUACCAGAACCAAGUGCAGACUCUUUUGGAAGAGAUCGACUUUCUGCGCCGCGUUCAUGACAACGAGAUCAAGGAGUUGCAGACACUGGCCUCGCGUGACACCACUCCCGAAAACCGCGAGUUCUUCAAGAACGAACUUUCAUCCGCCAUUAGAGAUAUCCGUGAAGAGUAUGACCAGAUCACGAACGUUCACCGCACCGAUAUGGAAUCGUGGUAUCGUCUCAAAGUGCAAGAAAUCCAAACUCAAAGUGCUCGACAGAGCAUGGAACACGGAUAUGCCAAGGAAGAGGUGAAGCGUCUACGCACCCAACUUAGCGAUCUUCGUGGAAAACUUGCCGAUCUCGAGAGCAGGAACUCCCUGCUCGAGAAACAAAUACAAGAGCUCAACUACCAACUCGAGGACGACCAGCGCUCAUACGAAUCUGCCCUCAACGAUCGUGAUGCCCAGAUUCGUAAGAUGCGCGAGGAAUGUCAAGCCCUCAUGGUGGAGCUUCAGAUGCUCCUCGACACCAAACAGACUCUGGAUGCCGAGAUCGCCAUCUACCGCAAGAUGUUGGAAGGUGAAGAGAACCGCGCCGGACUCAAACAGCUGGUCGAGCAGGUUGUCAAGACCCAUGCCAUCAGCCAAGAAACUGAUACUGAGACCAUGAGAGUGGUCAAAGGAGAAACUGCAUCUCGUCAAUCAUUCCAAAGGUCGGCCAAAGGCAAUGUCUCCAUCCAUGAAGCCUCGCCCGAUGGCAAGUUCAUAGUGCUCCAGAACACCCAUCGCGCCAAAGACGAAUCGAUCGGCGAAUGGAAGCUGAAGCGUCGCAUCGAUGGUAAGCGCGAAAUCGUGUACACCCUACCCAAGGACUUUGUGUUGCGUGCCGGUAAAAGCGUCAAGAUCUUCGCCCGCAACCAAGGUGUCUCCUCUCCGCCUGAGCAGCUCGUCUACGACGGGGAGGAUACUUUCGGAUCUGGUAACUCGGUACAAACUAUUCUCUUCAACAAGGAAGGAGAAGAACGUGCCACGCACAUUCAGCGUCAAAGCAAUGCUUAGGCAACAACUACUACAACACUGUCGCUCCAUGUCAUUUCAUCCUUAAAUGGAGUUCUUUCACCAAUGAUACAACUAUUUGCUCGAGAAUAUCAUGCUUUGCAUUUUGAGUGCUUUUCAUCUGCUUUUUAAAAAAUAAAUAGAUUG